UUAUCCUCGUUAUCAAUUGGUCUUAUCUUUUUGUGCAAUUCUUCCGCAGAGGGGAACAUAUAACAACCCCCCUCCCCAUUUUAUAGCUGAUAAGACCAUAGAGAAAGAGAGGCGAUCAGCUCUUCAAUUUAGUACACGGCGAGACAGCGCGAGAGAAGCCACGAGGUCCCGGAUGUGAAAGAGAUCCCUUGGUCGGCCAAGUCAGUCACGAUGUCCUCAGACACUAUUCUGGGCGACGCGACCUUAGUCCCGAUUCCAAAGCCUCUGACCAUCAAGGUCACCCCCUGCACCGAAUUCCGAGGACCUCCCGACGCCUACAGGAACGAGUCGACCCCCCGAGGCGCCAUUCUCGUCGCCAACUACUCCACCUUCAUCAGCCCGGACAACAAACCGCGCCUGGGUUCGGAGGUGGACGCGGACCACAUAACUGAGCUCUUCCGGCAGAUGGGCUAUGAGAACACGAAGACCAUUGUGGACGCCACGAGAGAGGACACGGAGAAGGCGCUCCUGCAGUUCAGGGAGGAGAAGAUACACGAGGGCGUGGACUCGCUGGUGGUCGUGUUCAUGAGCCACGGAUCGGAGGAGCAGAUAUGCACGUCGGACGGAGAGGUUAUUCAGAAUCAAGAGAUCGUCCAGUACUUCAGCGACGCGGAAUGCCCCGCGCUCAAGGGGAAGCCGAAGUACUUCAUUUUCCAGCACUGUCGUGGGAAAAUGGAACAUAUAACAAUUACCAAUACACACAAAGACUCCCAAAGGAUUUGUGAAAGCUAUGUGCCGCAGAAAAGGAGCCAAAGGAAACUGUCUGACGUUUAUAUCUGUUAUUCAACGCUUCCGGGUUUUGUGUCCUAUAGGUAUGAGGUCCGCGGGUCUCCUUAUAUCGACGCAGUCUGCAGAGUCUUCAUGGCAGAAGCUCAUCACAAGGAGAUCGAUGCCCUUAUGAAGCAAGUGGAGAGGGCAAUGCCAAAGGCACAAGCGACGGAAACACGACGCCUGGGAUUCAAGUCCGAUUUUUAUUUCAACCCAGGUUCUCUGCAAGAAAGUGCAUCAGCAGUGACAUGCGGCGGUGCAGUGGACACAGGUGAGAACACUUACAAGACCACUAGCUCCCCGAAGGGUCUUGUCCUCAUCAUCAACAACCUCGAAGGAUGUCAGGAGGAUGUGAAGAAACUGCAGGAUAUCUUCACCCUGCUCGGAUUUAACGUCCUGCCGCCCCGUGAGAACCUGACGAAGCCGGAGAUGCAGGAAGCGUUCAGUGCUUUUUCCGAAAUGCCACAAUACGACUCGGCUAUUGUUAUAAUCUAUGGGAGAGGCUUCGAGGACUGCUUAGUGUCUGAGGAUAGCAAGAUAAUAACUUUCCAGGAACUCACACGGACGUUUAAUGAUUUGAAUUGCCCGAAUUUGGCCGGAAAGCCAAAGCUGUUCUUUACAAAUACGUGUUUUGUUAGUGGCAUCACGGCAGAAGAGCUAGAAGCUGCUCAAACAGGACAUGCUGCUGAACUCUGCUACCGAAGCGAAGUCUUAGAGCAAACUGGACUGUGCACUGAUGAUGACAACGAACAAGACACGGUGCUUCUUCCAGCUGAGCGUGACAUCUUUCUGCUAAGUGUAGAAGUGGACGAAGAGUGCAAGCAAGGUUCACUGUUAACAGAUGCAUUAUACCAAGUCCUAAUCACAAAUGCAAAGGACAUGGAACUCAUGGCCCUCACCAAAAAGGUUCUGCGAAGGCUAGACGACCUGCAGAAGGGUAAUGGAGGCGAAGAGCAGUAUUAUCACGAGGUAAGGACCUACAAAUUCCAGCACGAUUACUACUUCAAUCCCCCGAAAUUCGAGUCGUUACCAUGCACUCCCUCUAAGCCCUGGGAACUAACGGUUCCAAAGUACUGUUUCCCCAAGAUCAACGUGAAGCAGGUGAAACAGGCCAGGAACACCAAUUCUGACUAUAGGAACUGGUCGAGACCUCAUGGCCUGGCCCUCGUCCUCUCCUUUGAGAAAUAUGAAAGCAAAGAGCUGCCGAAUUGUCCUUGGCGGCAGAACGUUGCCAAGAUAUUGUCAGAGCUCUACAGUGGCCUGGGUUAUAAGACGGAAAUAUGUAGUAAUCCAAGCAUCACCGAAGCCAAAACCCGCCUGGAACAAUUUUCAAAAAGGCGAGAACAUGCAGUACUUGAUUCUGUAAUUGUCAACAUCCAAGGACUUGGCAGAGACUGGAACACCUUCUACUGCGCCGACGGAGAGCUUCUUCACCUAUCGGAUGUAUUUUCUCACUUCACGGACGAGUCUUGCCCAGCUCUGAAGGAAAAACCCAAGUUAUUCUUCCUCCACAUGACGGAAGCGGAAAAAUGGGAAAGAACUAGCGAAACCCCGGGGAAAGAACUGAAAGACGCCUUUAUUGUGCGCCUGACAACUAAAGUGUCCGAAACUGGCACUCAUCCAAUCAAUGGUUUGUCCGCUUGGAGGAAGGCCCUUGAGGAACAUGCUCACGACACUCACCUGGAGAGCCUAAUUAGCAAGGCUGAAAUGUACCUGCAUGAUGGAGCCUCGACUAACGGCGUGUCCGACGAACACUUUGCCCGUGAAUUGUGUACUGUGACUGGAAAACUCUUUUUCAAUCCCAGUAAAUUGUGAUCAUCUUCAUUCGACGUCGCUAGUCAUGGAUCUCACAGCAAAGCAAAGUGGAUGGUGUUUUUAUCACUAUUAUUAUUAUUGAGGGUGAUAUUUACUAACUGUGAUAAGUAUUUUUGACCAGUGUGAAAUCCGCCUUUCGCCAGUAUGCCAAAUGAUCUCAUAGAACCAAAUGAUAUUGAUUUUGUUUUAAAAUAUAUAUUUUAGAAUGUAAACAAAGAGACCUGACCAUGCAGUACACAAGCGAUGGAAUGGACAUGUUAUAUGCCUUAUCUUUAACAAAAUUACAUUCACACUGUGAUCACAAUAUAUGUAAAAAGUAUACGUGAAUACAUUUUAAAACAGGAUAUACAGAAUAAAACGAUACAAUAAAAAUAAAUGAUUCGCGAGCCGAGUUUAAGCAAAUGUUACUUUACAAAAUUACAGACCUUGAAUCAGUCCAAUAAUUCUGUGAAUUUGCAGUUUCACCUUAUUAGUGGUACCGUUUAGUAUUACUGAGAUAUGAGAAGGUAAUCUCUUGUAUAAUAAUGUCUCUAAUUCAGGGAUAAUAUAUUAAGCUCCGAAAUCUCUGUCUCUCUCUCUCUCUCUCUCUCUCUCUCUCUCUCUCUCUCUCUCUCUCUCUCUCUCUCUCUCUCUCUCUCUCUCUC